GUACCCACUUGAGCUCCAUAUCGUUCACUCCAAAGAAGGUUUAACUCCCGAAGACGCUUACAGCCGAACGCAGGGUCUUGCGGUGCUCGCUGCCAUGUUUACACUCUCGCCAAACGAUAAUCCUGCUCUGGACCACGUGUUGGAUACCAUAAAUGUUAUCAACCACACUCCAAAUCACAUGGCGCAGGUCUUUCACCCGUACGCGCUGGCUUCGCUGCUACCCGACGACGUGCGCCGCUUCUACCGCUACGACGGCAGCCUCACCACGCCCGUGUGCAACGAGGCCGCCAUCUGGACCGUCUUCGCGCAGCCCCUCCACGUCUCCAAGGCUCAGUUGGAGAAGCUGCGAAGUCUAGAUGACGGUCAUGGCAGAAGAUUGCAGAACAAUUACCGCAACCCUCAGCCCUUGAACGGCCGAAAAGUGUACCGAUCGUUCCUGUGACCCAGUGAGUAACUACCGCCACAAGAACACCAGCCUGCAACUAACCUGCCUGCCUUUACGUUUGUGAGACAAGCAGACUGGUACGUCCAAAUUGGUGCAGUAAUUCAUGACAUUGAAUUCAUUUGCACAUGCAAUAAUUGCACAUGCAAUAAUUUAUAUCAAUAUUAUGCUCACUCAAACGUUGAUGUCGGCACGUCGAAGAUUGGGCAGAUCGAGAUAAGUCCAUGCAGGCAAAGAUUUGAAAGGCGAGACUUUGCUGGAGAACUCUGCCCGUACGGAACGAUUUAAGUACUAUGUAUUAAAUAUCGUUAAUCAUAUAAUUUAUGUGACCUGCAGAUGAAUUUUUUAUAAAUAUGUAAUCGGUUUUUAGGUUUUUCUAUAAAAUAACAAGUAAAUACAUACUAAGGAACG